AUGAUCCUCCGACCGCCCCUGCUGCGCAAUGCGCCGCCUCUGCACAAUGCCGCUCCCCUGUGUCUGCGCUGCCUGCGCAGGCUCGAACGCUCCAAGCUCCCGCCCGCCCGCCGCCUGCUGUCCACCUCGCGCGCUGUCAACGACGCCGCCAUCGCCGCCCGCAACCCCCGCACCCCGUUCAAGAAGGAAUACUUUUGGGCCAAUGCCGUCCUGGACGACGUGCUGCAGGGCGCGCGACGCGGCGUAUGGAGCACCGCCGUCCCCGGCCGCAAUGCCGACAACAACAAGGACGAUGCCGCCGCCGCCGCGCCCUCGACGCUGCACGACCAACCCAAGAUAACCCACGUCGUCGGCACCCACGCCACCGCAGGCACCGAGCUCGCCAACGAGCUGCCCCACCGCCGCCGGAAGCGCCUAAGAGAAGAAGCCAAGCAGCAAGCCGCCUCAGAAACCGAGAUCCGCCCCGACGCCUCGGCCGCCCUCUCGACCAGCGCGCAAGCCCUCCCCGCCCAGUCGCUCCGCCGCCGCUUCUUCACCUACCUCGCCCUCACCAAACCGCGCCUCUCCUUCCUCAUCGUCCUCACCGCCACCGUCCCCUACGCCAUCUACCCCGUCCCCGCCCUCCUCGCCCCAGCCGCGACAUCCACGCCCUCCCUCUCCACCCUCACCCUCCUCUUCCUCACCACCGGCACCGCCCUCUCCUCCGCCUCCGCCAACACCUUCAACAUGCUCUUCGAGCCCGCCCACGACGCCAAAAUGAGCCGCACCAAGAACCGGCCCCUCGUCCGCGGCCUCGUCAGCAAGCGCGCCGCGCUCGUCUUCGCGCUCGCCACGGGCGCCGCGGGCCUCGCCUCGCUCCACUACGGCGUCAACCCCACCGUCGCCUUCCUCGGGGGGCUCAACAUCGCCCUCUACGCCGCCGUCUACACGCCGCUCAAGCGCCUCUCCGUCGUCAACACCUGGGUCGGCGCCGUCGUCGGCGGCAUCCCCCCGCUCAUGGGCUGGACCGCCGCCGCCGGCCAGUGCGCCACGGGCGCCGGCGCCUGGCACGAACUGCUGCUGGGUCCCGGCAGCGCGGGGGGUUGGCUCCUCGGCGCGCUGCUGUUCGCGUGGCAGUUUCCGCACUUCAACGCGCUGUCGUGGACGAUCAGGGAGGAGUACAGGAACGCGGGGUACCGCAUGCUGGCGUGGACGAACGCGCGGAUGAACGGGCGCGUCGCGCUGCGGUACUCGCUGCUGAUGUUCCCCGUCUGCGUCGGGCUGGCGGCGGUCGGCGUGACGGAUUGGGGGUUCGUCGCGACGAGCUCGGCCAUCAACGGGUGGAUGACGUACGCGGCCGCGAGGUUCUGGUGGUACGAGGGCGCGAGGGGCACCGCCCGCGCCUUGUUUUGGGCGAGCGUGUGGCAUUUGCCCAUCGUGCUGGUGCUGGCCAUGGCGCAUAAGAAGGGGUUGUGGCAGCGGGUGUGGAACUCGGUUGUCGGCGAGCCGGUUGUGGAGGAAGACGAAGAGGAGGACGAUGAGUACUGGGACGAGGAUGAGGACGAACAGAAGGCGGUGCCGCAGCCUCCGGGAAAGCCGCUUGUGCCGGUCGCUGGUAGGUAG